CUGCAAUGAUUUUUUAGUUAAUAGAAGCCUUUGAAAUCGACAGCAAGUAAAAAUAAGCAGGACAUACAGUGGCAAAUAUGGAACGUUGGAAUAAACGCGUUGCUGUAGUUACUGGCGCUAGUUCAGGCAUUGGUGCUGCCAUCGUCCGUCAUCUCGCCAACAAGGGGCUAAUUGUUGUUGGUCUGGCUCGGCGUGCGGAACGCAUUCAAGCGCUGAGAAAUGAAGUGGAGCCCAGUGCUCGCAAUCGCGUGCAUGCGCUGCGUUGCGAUAUGCGCAAUGAGGCAGAAAUCGUUGCUGCUUUCAAGGAAAUCGAAGCUAAACACGGACCAGUGGCGGUUUUGGUAAAUAACGCCGGUAUUGGCCGUGCUAGCUCUUUGUUGGACGAAGGCAAUUCGCAGGAUGCGCGAGAUAUAGUUGAAACCAAUAUAUUGGGCAUUGUUUAUGCCACACGUGAGGCCUUCCGUUCGAUGAAGGCGAAUGGUGGUACAGGCCAUGUUUUCUUAAUCAACAGCGUGGCUGGACAUAGAGUGCCAAGCGUCCUAAAUAUGCCGAUGAAUCUUUAUUCACCAUCCAAAUAUGCGGUAACGGCGAUGGCCGAAGUUUAUCGUCAAGAAUUUACGAAUAUGCAAACCCAAGUGAAAAUUACGAGUAUAAGCCCUGGCUUUGUGGACACUGAAAUCAUCACUCCAGCAAUGGCUGAAAAAAUAGCGGACAUGCCACGUUUGCAGGCCGAUGAUAUAGCCGAUGCCUUGAUUUACUGUCUGCAGACACCACCACAUGUGCAGAUUCAUGAGCUCACCAUAAAGCCUGUUGGAGAAAAGAUAUAAUGCGCCCAGUUAAAUAUUCCACAGUGGGAAGCGGAUUGAGGCAAAAAUACGCCUAUUAGUUGAAAUUAAAAUGUAAUGAUUUUAAAUUUGCUUUGCUGGCCAAUUAUAGCGAUAAGUAAUUUUAUAUUCAGAUAAAAAAAAAUAAUUAAUAAAUUU